GUGGAGACGUCUCCGCGUUUCUGCUUUUAUUUCCUGAGAAUAAAAAGUGUUUUAGGCCAAAAGGUGGGGCGGGAAGAGUCAGGUGAUCAUCCGGAGAGGAAGCACCAGGGAGGGGGGAGCUGGCUUUGUUUACCACCGUCCAGGUUCCGACGCUCCGGGUUGAACCUCCGUGAAGCCUGCUUUUAUUUUAUUUAUUUUAUUUUUAAAUUAAAGUGUUUUAAAGACACAGAAGCGGGCGGUUCUGGCGGUGGGAGGGGCGACAGCAGCCCCGCCGCAGUCCCUCUCAGGCGGGUCCGUCACAGUCCGUCUGUCGGUCGGUUGGUGCUGAGGCUGAGCGGAGACCCGUCCUCCUCCGGUCCGGGGGAAACCUCCAUGAUUUCUGCCCCGGCUGAUGGCAACAACCCUCUCCGAAAAUGUGCGCCAAUGUGUUCGGGGUGCUGAAGAGCCUGUUUGGGAAGCCCUUUGAUGGGGGGAAGAGGAUGGACCAUGGCGCCCCCCAGGAGCAGCAGCAGCAUCCGAUGGAGCCGCAGCAGCACCAUCCCGCCAUGCUGCGGCUCUACGAGGUCCAGAAGGAGGUGUCGGCUCUGGGGCCGCAGGUCUGCACCUUCAGUGGCCUGCAGAACGAGCGGGAGUACAAGCGCAUGGAGCGGGAGCUGACCCGGCUGCUGCUGGAGGUGGACCAGGUGAACACGGAGGGCAAGGCAGAGCUGCAGGGGGCGCGCAAGAGAGCCGCGCAGGAGGUGGAGGGCCUCCUGCGCUACCUGGAGGAGAACGCCACCCACCCGUCCCGYCUGGCCAUCGAGGAGCUGAGCACCGAGGCGCGGCGGCUGGUGGACGAGCACGUGGUGGCGCCGCAGCGGGCCGGCGGCGUGGCGGAGAUCAGCGACGAGCUGGUGGACKCCCUGCAGGAGCUGGUCCUGAAGCUCACGCAGAUCAAGACCGAGGGCCGGGUGCCGCUGCGCAAGGCCCGGUACCGGGCGCUGACGCGUCUCUGCGCCGUGCAGGACGUCCUGGAGGGACGCACGCAGCAGCAGACCCUGUCCCUGCCGCUGUCGGGGGACACCCACGAGGUGGUGCACCGCAUCAACCAGGUGAUGGUGAAGGUGAGCAUGGCCCGCAGCCAGCUGGUGGCGCUGCUCAUGGGGCUGAGUGGCAGGGACAGCUGCGCACACCUGUCCCGCAUCCUGAUGGAGCUGCAGGUGGAGCUGGACGCCCUGGAUGUCUCCGGGAAYGCUGCCAUCAGAAACUACCGCAAACAGGUGGUGGAGGAGAUCAAUGGGCUGCUGAAGCACCUGGACCUGGAGGGAGAGGGAGACGACACGCGCAGGUACGAUCUGGCGCAGAACAACUCCAUCCGUGAGAUCGAGGCGGUGCGAGCUCACGUGUCCCACCUGCGGGAGGGCGUCCUGCGGCACUGCGCCGUGGGCGACCUCAGCUUCAGGCCCAAAGCCGAGCUGCAGAGCCUCCUCACACACCUGGACCAGGUGGACACGGCCAAGAACCCGUGCAUCCGGGAGGCCCGGCGCCGCGCCGUGGUGGAGGUCCAGGCCAUCGUCACCUUCCUGGACCUGCGCGARGCCCUGGUCUGCCGCCAGCCGGGYCCCGAGGAGCACCCGUCCCACCGGGCCGUCUGGAUGGUCCUGGGGAGCCUGUCCAAUCUCCAGGCCCAGGUUCUGGGCUUCGACGGCAAGCGGGCCGACAAGAGCUACAUGAUGCUGGAGGAGCUGCUGACCAAACAGCUGCUGGCGCUGGACGCCGUGGACGCCCACGGAGACGAGUCCACCAAGGUGGCCCGGAAGCAGGCGGUGAAGUUCGCCCAGAACAUUCUGAACUACCUGGACAUGAAGACAGACGAGUGGGAGUACUGAUCCAAUCGGAGGAGCUCGGCUCGUUCUCAUCAUCAUUCCAUCGGCUGUAAAUAUAAACUCAAUCUCCCAGAAUCCACUGCUGCAGCCUCUCUUUGUCUGUCCGUGGCUGAAAAACUCACUGCUCCUUUUUGUAAAAACACAUCACCUCAGUGCGUCGGUUCUGGUUCUGGAUGGUUCUGUUGCGAUGUGAAUGUGUGUGCUGUAGAGUUUUUUUUUUUUUUUGCGUCUGGUCGUAGAAAUGUGCCGCCAGCGCUCAGAACUUCCUCCUGAUCGCCGCGGAUGGCGGUUGACUCCUCGGUGUGAUCGUUGAGCAGCGGCAGGGUCCAGACCCGGGUUCCUGCUGGUUCUGGUCAAACAAAACAGUUCUCCAGUCUUUUUUAAACACAUUUAGUUACACAGUACGGAGAACUGUUGGUGCCAUCCRGUGGAGACGGAGGCAUUUAAAGCCAAUAAUGUGUCACGUGAUGCAGUUUGUACCAGGUACGGCAGGAAGUUUCAUCAUAUAAUAAAACACAUUUCUGUCACCGAUCAGAGACAUGAAAAAUGUCUGUAAUUACAUUUAUACCAACAGAUUUUAAUACUUAAGACACUUGUCAGAGUAGAGAUGUACGGCAGAUCUUUAUUUUAAUUCUGACGGGUAAGAAUGAUUGUGACCAGGAGAAACACCGUUACUGAAAUUUAAACAAAAGAGAAAUGUGAUUUAAUUAUUUAGUAAAACUUCCUGCCAUACUUGGUGCCAACUCGAGCCUUUUAACAUGAUGGCACAAAAAUUCUUCAUAUAUUUACAGAAAUGAGAGAGUAGAAGACAAACAUUAGCCUCUGAGUGUUAACUCCCUAAAAACAAAACAAACAAAAAAACAAAGAAAAGGAAAUAAAAUCCAUUUCAUGGUGAUAAACUGAAGUUUAAAAAAGGAGCACUUUCCUUUAUCGUUGGUCAGAUUUGAGUUUACUGAAUAUAGUGUUUAAUUGCUGCUGCUUCUGUAGGUGGAUUGUUUAGUUAUUUUUUCGGAGUAUGAAUUGUCUCUUUAGGAAAAGGAGGAAAGACAGAUCAGAACUGACAGAAAUGUCUGCUGUUGGACAAUUCUUAGUCAAAACUAAAUAUUUGUGCCUUUUGCUUUUCACCGUUUCACCUUUGUUUUUGUUUUUAAAGCCGUUUUUAAGUGCAUGAGGAAUCCUUUCUGAUAAAUGUAAACAAGGAA